AUGACUUUCGAUCCUCGGCGAUCUGCUGAGCUUCACAAUCGAAUCCUGCAGCAUGCAUGGGCUGGUGCCGGUCAUGAUAUUGCUUCGCUUCCAUCCACGACUUGGUGGGAAGAGUAUUCCCCAGUUGACCUCGAGUCACGCUUAACCCCUAACCUCGCUGAGUUCCUCCGUUCAGCUAGAUCAACCCCCUCAAGGGCAUGGUCAGAGAAGGAUCCCGGGUUCAAUCUUUUCUAUUUCCUAGUGGGAUUACAAACCAGCCACCAUAUGCUCCAGUACUCCAUGCUUGAUACCGAGGGUGACCGCUUCGUGUACCUGUAUCAAGCGACGGGUUGUUACACAUGUGAUGAGGAGGUUGGCAUUGUAUUCGACCAAGACACAGAGCUAGCUGCCUUUAUCCCUCACUGGCAGUUUAGCGGACAUGUUAUUGGUAAUCCCGGUAGUUGGAUGCCACUCCAGCAGAUACUUGGGGCCUACCUAGAGAUGAUUGAUGAGGGAAAGGUGCAGAUAUUCACGGAAGUAAAAUUCCCGCUUGACCAAUUCUUCCCAUGGGAGUAUUACCAAUAUACGCAGCGAGAUAUCGACAAGUCAAUCACUAUAUUCAAUCGGCUACUUGAUGCAAUUGAACAUCGCCUACCAGUUCUACCAGUUCAAUCGGACAAAAUAGAUAUCACCUAUCCACAAUCUAUACUUGAUAAAGCCUUCACCCCCAACAAGUCUUUCGUCAGGUCAUUUCUAUCCGCUCUUCCGCCACGUGAGAUUCAUUUCCGCUAUAUUGCCCCAGGAAUUCGGAUACAGUCUUUCGAUGAAUUAAAGUCUCAGCCCUUUGCAGCCUUUUGUGCUACAAGGCAGGAUAAGUCGGACGGAGAAGAUGAAGAAAUGCCGUUUCUCCUAUUCCGAGCCGAUGGAUCUAAUUUGUCACCUUGGAGCCGUCCAUAUUACAACGUUGAUAUCCCCGCUGGUCUAUACACGGAAGAAAUCAGUAAAACCAGAGCACAGGAUUUCGGAGAUAUGUCUAGGCUACUUCUUCCCUUUGGCAUUGGGUCUAGAAGAUACGCGAGAGAUAGCACUGGGAGGUAG